AAUCGCGUCCCACCGCGGUUUUCGCGCGCGGCCCGCGGUCGAUUUUCACCGGUAACCUUGAGCGUCCCGAAGACGAUAUCGCCGUGAGAGAUACGCGCGCUGGAAGAAGGUCGAGUGACGGUGGCGAUAAUAGUUAGCGGUGGACGAAGACGCGGUGGACGAAGGCACGGCGGGAAGAAGAGACGGCGAACAGCGAGGAGGGAAAGAAAAACAGGAGUAGAGAGAAAGAACGAGAGGGAGAGACCGGUGAUGGCUGCGAUGAUGACGGUCAGUGGUUGUGUAUACCGGUUAAGCCGUUCAGUACCAGCCCGGCGUCCGUCACGGGUAAACCUCAACCGUUCGGUUUCGACCCGCUAUUCUAUUCUAGUGCCGCGCGCGCGAUCGAAUUUCCUGUCCUCGCUGCUCGCCUCGGUGUUCGCCGAUUUGUCCUCGCACACGCGCGCGCGCGUCUCGUUUCCCGCCUCUGAUCGGACUCUUGGGUUUCCCAGCGGACCCGCGGAUUCGACGUCAUUCGAAGAAAUUGAAAAUGAAACUUAUUUAUUUGUUUACUUAUUUAACGAGUGCGCCGAGCAAUUUGAAGAAACGUCAGCCGUGACGCGAGACAAUGCACGUCGGCGGAAUUAAACGGCGAACAAUGGUUUCCUGAUGAAGCGACGGAUGUCCACGUCGGGAUAUCGUAGAGGAGUUCGGUGUUGCCGCAGAAAUCUUUUUUCUUUUUCCACGAUCGAAUCGUGCGUUUCUAAUCUAACACGGCGCGGUCAGACGAUCGAUGACGGGGUCCGUUGCGAUGCAACGCUGACGAUCGAGCAUCUCGAGGUCCACUUACAAUUAGUCGAUCUAUCCGACACACGAGUCGAAUCUCAUUCGAGACAUCGUCGCCGCCUGAAAUCCGCACAGCUUUCAUCCCCGACGACGCUAGGAAAUUAAUUUUUUUUUUCAACUGCCCGAUCGGUUCUGCCAGGAUGACGAGCUGAGUCGCGGUCCUGGUCCUUCGCGCGGCGCCGACGAACUCGGCCAGGCUGAUCCACGUCGUGAAUCACGGUGAAUCACGAUGGUGGUUUCCCCAUGGUGCGACCAUGCCGUCGGAAAGUCGUGGCUGUCGUUGUGCGGGGUACGAGAUGAGUCACGAGGAUACGUUGAUUCCAAGUGUGCGCGGAUGAAGUGAUUACGAGGACUCGUGGACUUCCAAAUCCAGCGGACCAGUCCGGUCCGAGAGCAAUCCAGGGAUCAGGAUGCGGUGGAUCGGUUACGUGGCCACGAUUCUCUGGUGGUCGGGCAUCGCCAGGUCUCUCAGCACGCUGAAUCGAGGUCACAGUUACAAAAUUACUCCGAAGCCCUGCAAGGUGCCCGGUUCGGAGAGUAAGGAAGGCACGUGCAUGUUCGUGUGGGAGUGCAUCAAGUCCGAGGGGACGCACGUGGGUGUGUGCGUGGAUACCUUCAUGUUCGGCAGUUGUUGCGUUCACAACACGACGGUAAACACGAUAAGCACGUCUCACCGUCCUCUUCCUCAUCAUCAUCAUCAGCAGCAGCAGCAGCAACAGCAGCAGCAGCAGCAGCACGUCGGUACGACGAGUACACUCAGGCCAGGUCUACUUCUGGCAGAACCAAUCGGGAACGAGACCAUCAGACUGACGUCAACUUCCCUCUUGGACUUGUCCUCGACAGCAUCAAGCACCGCGAAGCCGAAUCUCCAUCACUACUCAGGAUCUCACGGCUUCGGCGCGGGCUCGACCAGACCGAUGAAACCGUUCUCGCAUGGCGUCGGGAGGCCCCUGCAGAAGAGGCCGCACGCCAAGCCAACGUCCGAGCACGAUGUCGAGGCACUGCAAACCCCCGCGGUGUCCUCCACGUCUACGAACGCGUGGUCAGCGGGGAGGCCGCAGGGAACGAAGAGACCGGGUCAUCACGUGGGUCAUUCUCACCACCACAAAACUAGGCCGAACGAUGGGGCGCUGAGUGAGAAGCCGUCGUCUGUUCAGAGCCAACCGGGCUUCAAGGACAAGCUGGAGACGCACAACACGCUGAUAAUACGCUUGCCGGGGAAGGAGCACGCCGCUGACGAGAUCGUUGGCUCGAUCGGCCCGAGCAAGCCGAACAAGCAGGGCAAACCGGGUAAACCGGGCAAUCAAAGGCCCUUUGAAUCGAGACCGGACGAUGGGAAGACCGAGGAUGCCGAUCUCAGCGUGCAGGAAACGAUAAAUCGACCGAAUGUCAAUUCCGUCAUUGAAAGCGAAACGGGGAAAGAGCCACAUCCAGGGUUGAAUUUCGUGCACACCGAGCGGCCGCACUGGGCGACCAAGCCGGCACUGUCGAAGCCAUCGUCGACGGACUUCUCCAAGCCGUACUUCUCAAUCAAAACGACCACUUACCGGCCGGUGAGCGGUCAGCCGGAUCAUAGGCCGAAUUUUAUCUCGAGGCCCAACUGGGUAUUGUCCACGAAGACGUCGACAACAACGACCGUCAGGCCGACAUAUGCCAGGCAGCCGUCCACCAGCGCAGCCGGAUCCGUGCCACAAACCUCUCACUGGCAAGUGACCACGGAGCCGGCCUUCGUAACAAAACAGAAACCGUCAUCGUCCUCAUUCCUGUCGUCCUUGCCGACGUCGUUCUCCUCGUCCUCGUCGUCCUCGUCAUCCAAGCCGAUAACCGCGAUCACCGUGGCGGAGACCGUACGAAUACCGUCUUUAGGUACGAGUUCCCAUUUCUGGUCGAACAGCUGGACACCACCUAGGCCGUCCCUGAAACCGCACUGGACCGACAGUCCCGGUCUACUUCAGAAUAGCCCGGAAAGUUUUCCGCCGCGACCGAGCCUGAAGCCGACCGAGUCGCAACAGAGCACCGAGUAUCAAAAGCCCUUGGGCUCGGCGCACUACAUAACGACGUCCCACUUGGAGACUUCAACCAGGCCGCGGCCCACGAAGAAGACCACAAUGCAGAGCACGACGCCGUCCACGUUGACGUCCUCCGCCAGCGAUACAACCGGUCCAACGACCGCGACGGCAACAAUAACGACUACGAGCAGCACGACCAGGGCGAGCAGCACGAGUGCCACGAGCGUCGCCACGAUGCAAGGAUCGUCGACCACCGAGGUGGCGGCAAGCGAGAAGGGGACGGGCUCGGUGAUGACGGUCGCGGCUGCUGACGAGAGCAAGAACAUGCAGUGCGGCGUGCCGCCGCUGUUCCCGCGGCCGGAAACGAGGAUCGUCGGCGGCAAGGACGCGUCGUUCGGCCGGUGGCCCUGGCAGGUGUCCGUCCGUAGGACCUCCUUCUUCGGCUUCUCGAGCACCCACCGCUGCGGCGGAGCGGUACUCAACGAGAAUUGGAUCGCCACCGCGGGUCAUUGCGUCGACGAUUUGCUGACGUCGCAAAUCCGGAUACGAGUCGGCGAGUACGACUUCUCGUCGAUGCACGAGCAGCUGCCCCACGUGGAGCGCGGCGUCGCAAAGAAGGUCGUGCAUCCCAAGUACAACUUCUUCACGUACGAGUACGACCUCGCGCUGGUGCGGCUCGAGAGUUCCUUGACGUUCGCCGCGCACAUCUCGCCCAUCUGCCUGCCGGCCACGGACGACCUCCUGAUCGGGGAGAACGCGACGGUCACCGGCUGGGGGAGGUUGAGCGAGGGUGGAACAUUGCCCACGGUGUUACAGGAGGUCUCCGUGCCGAUAGUCAGCAAUGACAGGUGCAAGUCGAUGUUCCUGAGGGCCGGCAGACACGAGUUCAUACCGGAAAUUUUUCUCUGCGCCGGCUACGAGACCGGCGGGCAGGAUUCGUGCCAGGUAUGUACAUACGUGCGUGCCUAUAAUCGAACUACUCGCUGUAUGCGUUUCAAACUUUCAACAUUGAGAGACUCUCGCGCUCUUGCGUUACACAGGGCGACUCCGGAGGGCCUCUGCAGGUUCGCGGAAAGGACGGCAGGUACUUUCUCGCUGGUAUCAUAUCCUGGGGCAUCGGUUGCGCGGAAGCCAACCUACCGGGCGUCUGCACGCGGAUAUCCAAGUUCGUACCGUGGAUCUUGAAGAACGUUGUCUGAUCGCUCGACGAUGAACGCGGCGGAACGACACGAGGCAACUCUCGAAUUCGGACGGAAUUCAUCGCGCGAACGAGCGAUACGUGACGUUGCCUCGUGCAAUAUCAAACGACAUUAUCCUAGAUUUUUCGCAAAUGAAAAUACGCCUUUCUAUAUCGUUUACAUUUAUUUAUUUGCAUUUACACUGCCACUCACGGAGUAAACAUCCUGGUUGCUAAGAAAUAUUUCCCGCGCUGAAAGAGGUGACAUAAGAUCACCGCCGAAAGUUAUAUAUAUAUAACGUAUGGGAAAAUCUCGCGCAUUAUAGCAACACACUGAACUGUAUUUAUACAUAAAAGUAAGUAAGGAAAUAAUAUAUUUGCUAGAUUAAGGCUAUAGUUAAAUAAACCAGGGAAGUCUGAGUUGUGUAAUGAAAAGAUGAAAGGAGUAAUCCCGAUAGUUUUCGAAGAUACACCGUUAUCAUUCUUGCCACAACGCUCCGAACAUGAGAUACGGUACAUACACACGUACAUAUACAUUGAAAGAACAUUAAGAGAGAAUCGUAAAUUACAACGCCGCUCGUUUUAGUGUUGCAAAAUUAGUUUCUAAACCAGACUGUCGAUCCUACAACUUAGAGAAGUUCAACUCGAGUUAAAGGAAACCAGUGAAAAGUGUGAAUAACUGUCGCGAUUUCGAUUAGUUUUUCGCAGCAAACGCACGAUAAGUAUCUGCUUUUAUUGAUUAGCGAGAAGUGUAGAAAGUUUG